CACACCCUCGUUCGCUGAGGGAACACACACACACACACACUCGCACUCGUAUAUCCUCUCACAAACACACUCACAGCUGUUGGUACUUCUCCUUGCUGAUGAACGCCGGGGCAGCCGGGGAUCGGAGCCUGAAGGAAUCUGGGAGAAUCUGAUGUGUGUUGGCAGCCCGAGCCUAGAGCAUCUAUAUGGAAAAUCAGGACGGAUAAGUGGAGCGACUCGUUCUCUGAUCACUGCCCGGCUCUCACUUGCAGUGGUUUGCAUAUCGCUCUUCCUCUUUCACUCGCCUUUCCCGGCUUCUCUGUUGGAAUUUUGAGUGCAGCAGUGAGAAACACAGACAUGCGUUUUGCCUCUGCCGCCUGCCACUACUGCCUGUCCUCAGCCAUUCACUGACCAGGGAACAAGCAAGGUGCGAGACAGAGCGGCUGCGAUAGAGCAAACAAGUAAGGCGACGCAGGCAUGAGCGCAGACAACCACGAAGGGGUGGUGACCACUCCUCCGCCGCCCAGCGGAGGGACCAAGGUGCGCUACUUCGACCGGGUCAACGUCAACGAUCCGGAGUACAUCAGAGCCAGGAACAUGUCGCCCGAUCUCCGGCAGGACUUCAACGUCCUGGAGCAGAAGAAGCGUGUCACACAGAUACUACAGAGCCCUGCUUUCAAGGAGGAGCUGGAGAGUCUGAUCCAAGAGCAGCAACGAAAAGGGAACAACCCAACUGGACUGCUGGCUCUGAGACAGAUCGCCGACUUCUUCAUGGCCAGCUCAGUGGCCGGGUUCAACACUUCCCCUCUCAGUCUGGGUAUGGUGACUCCCAUCAACGACUUGUACGGCAUGGAAUCCACCUCCAUGGUGAAAGGAGAGAAGCUGACGCGCUGUAAACUGGCCAGCCUCUACAGACUGGUGGACCUGUACAGCUGGGCACACUUCGCCAACUCUUUCAUCACAGCCCGAGUCAGUAAAGAGCAAGACCACAUACUCAUCAUCCCCAGAGGUCUGUCAUUUGCUGAGGCGUCUGCUUCAAACCUGGUGAAAGUGAACAUCAUUGGAGAUGUGAUGGAGCAGGGCUCCACCAACCUGAGGAUCGACCCUGCGGGCUUCAGCCCCCACCCUGCCAUCUACUCCAUGCGUCCAGACAUCCGCUGCAUCGUGCACAUCCACACUCCUGCCACGGCAGCCGUGUCGUCUAUGAAGUGUGGCAUCCUGCCCAUUUCCCAGGAGGCAUUGAUCUUGGGCGAAGUCGCCUACUACAACUACCAGGGAAGCCUGGACGAGCAGGAGGAGCGCCGGGAGCUGCAGAAGGCCCUGGGUCCUUCAACGAAGGUUCUGGUGUUGAGAAACCACGGCGUAGUUGCUCUCGGGGAGACCAUUGAAGAGGCCUUUCACUACAUCUACAAUGCCCAGUACGCCUGCGAAAUCCAGGUGAACGCCAUCUCAUCUGCUGGAGGAGUAGAGAACCUCAUAGUGCUGGACAGGGAGAAGUACAAAUCCCGAGUGUACGCUGUGGCCACGGCCGAGGGCGUCAACUUGGGCGGCCAGUACAAGUGGAAGGUUGGCGAGCUGGAGUUUGAGUCAAUGAUGAGGAUGCUGGAUAACCUGGGUUACAGGACGGGCUACACCUACCGGCACCCCAUUGUGCGAGACAAACCGAGGCACAAGAGCGAGGUGGAGAUCCCUGCCACGGUCACGGCGUUCACGCUGGAGGACGACACCGACGCCACGCGGCUGCCCCUCAAGUUCCUGCAGCAGCGGCAGCAGAGGGAAAAGACACGCUGGCUCAACUCACCCAACAGCUACACCAAGGUCAACGUGGAGGGUGGGGAGGAGCGCUACAGCAGCCGGACAACCACGUGGAUGAAAGCGGAUGAAACUGGAACUAUAAUCCGGAUUGAGGACCCAAAUCAGUUUGUACCUCUCAACACAGACCCCACAGAGGUGCUGCAGAAAAGGAUGAAGAUCAGAGAUCAGAACCGGUUUGAUGUGAUGACGUCAGGGCCGCGCUCUCAGCACCUCGCAGGCAUCCCCGUCGAUCAGCCACGACAGGAUCUGGGCCAGAUAAAAGUUAUGCCCUACGUGCCCACAGCGGACGAGCAGAUGGCUCCUCUUCCUCCCAACCCGUUCAGUGAGCUGUCAGAGAAGGACCUGGAGGAGUACCGCAAGAACGUGGAGAGAAGGCAGCUGGGCCUCAGCGAUGGCGAGCUCGAGCUAACCUCUGAUGACGGCUCCACUCUUUCUCAGUCUCUGUCUCUCACACAGUCCCCGCAAAGCACUCCAGCUAAAGAAGAGAACCACACGGGCCUCAUGAACGGCAAAGACGGCCACGACGAGGAGCUGGCCAGGCGCGUCAGUCAGCUGACCACCAGCGUGGAGAGCGUGGAGAUCACCGUGCGCUCCGGCGAGAAGAUCGAGGAGGCCCUGUCCCCCGAGAGCUCCCCCUCUAAGUCGCCCAACACCAAAAAGAAGAAGAAGUUCCGCACCCCGUCCUUCCUGAAGAAGAACAAGAAGAAAGAGAAGGUGGAGGCCUGAGGAUGGCGGGGCGUCCAGGACACCUGCGUGAAGAAGAAAGGAGGGGUGGGGGCGGAGGCUGCAGCCCCCGCUCAGUUUCAUGUCCAUGUUUUGUUUUUGUCUUUGUUUUUUAUGUAUUUUUAUGUUCCAUUUUCUAUUUUAUUUGACUUUUUAACUAGAGGUUUUAUGUGCAAAGGCAGAAGAAAGAUUUAACACAAAAAAAAAUCAGUUUGUAAUUAAAACAGAAAGAGGAAAAGUCUCUCGUUCUGCAGAGAGACUCGAAUGUUUGGGUCAUUUUGGGGUGGGUGUGUGGCUCCACGGUUAGAAGCAGAUGAGGGUCAGCUGAUCGCUCACGUAGCACUCUCACAGGGCUCCUCGGGAUUGCCGUUCAGAUCCUGCUUAAACUUGCUCCUCCGACUGCGUUUUUUGUUUUUUCUCCCUCUUUCUUUUUUCUUCACCCCUUUUCCUUCAAGGCUGAAAACUGAACUUGAAAGCAUUUUGUCUCUUUCUUGCUUCAUAGUCCAAUUUUCCUGAAAUGAUUGGAAUGCAACGCGAGUGUUUUAAACUGCACAAGGAAACGAUGUCCUUAUUUGAAUUUUUUUUUAAUUCCUCAUAGGGAACUGAGAGGCCACAUUAAAGUCAGAGUCGCACUGGAAAAAAGAAGAAGAAAAAGCCAGAGGGUUUGUGUUGAUUAAUUUCCUGUGAGAGAAGUUUGGCUCUCUGGCGUCCGCCAUGCUACUUUAGGUGCAGGCUUUCUCUUCAUCUGACUGUGGCUGAACUCCAGAUGACUUACGGGGUUGUGAGACUGGACAUGGUGAGGAUGAAGAGCGGCAGUUCUCUCAUAUGUAUGCAGCAUUCUCAUUCUUUAUCUUUCAUCUCAGCAUGUGUGUGUUUCUUCUUUCAAAUGGAAGAAUGGGGAAAAAAAAUCUCAAUUUAGUCAAGCAUCUCUGUUUAUUUGUGGUUUCUCAUCUCAUAAAUCUGGUUUUUGUUGAUCGCCCUUGUUUUGUACUCAUUUUAAGCGUUCGCAGAGAAGUCGGAUGUUUCGCAUGUUUUCUCUUUUAGCAACUGAACUGACUUGGCUGACUAUGUUCUGUAGUGAUGCCCUAUUGCUCAAGUUAUACCUUAAUCCUCAGAGCACAAAGUUACUAUAUAACGCAGAUAAAAGACAACUGGAUAUGUUGACUGUAGAGUUUUAACUAUAAACAUUUGUAUGUUUUGUUGUGCAGCACUUCUCUUGUGGUGUAUAUAACACACUGACGUUGCAGGUGGUUUCACCAGUGAAGGAGAACGGGAAGAUGUGGUAGAAGUUGUGCAAGUAGCGGGCGAGGCACGGUGUCUGAGCGCAGUCAGGACCAAGAAAGUGAGUUUAUCAAAGACGGACGAUAUCAUUGGUGUAACACGGGGGGGAAAAUGUUCCACUUCUCAACUAGUACUUUUGCCAAAAUGCCACCUAUCAGCAGUCGACAACUGAAUUUAGACUCGUGGAGUCGGGACGUCUUAUCCGUGGUGUGUUUUUAUGCGUGAGCUUUCAAAGCCAUAUUCAAAUUUUUUCUCUGUUAUUUCACUAAGACAAGGCUUGUGGUUCUCAUCUGGCCCCUCCGGCAUCCUGGACCCAAGCAAGACCUCUGUUAAAUCAGUGCAGAGCUAACCCUAACCCUCAGGCCCUCAAAAACUCAUCCUGGCCUUUUAUUUCUUCACAAGUAGCCGCAUUCUCAGCAGUGAUACCUCCUUGCUCAUAUAUUUUCCCGAAGAACUGGAACUUUAUUGGGAGCUCUCAUGGGCAUUUGAUUUAUCUUAAUUUGAUCACGCAGCAACGUCAUUUCUCCAGUAAACACAGUAAAUGUUAGAAAUGACCCACAGCUGACCUGUGCUCAGCCGGAGUGUGAUGGGCUGCCACAUUUCCUCCCCCAGCAGUUUAACUGGAUGUGCCAUUAUCCCAGCCAGCAAUGUGAAGUAUUGGAUUUGCAAGGGAGGGUGGGUGGUGGAGGGGCGCAUCUUAAGCAGCACUAAAUGCUAGCUUCUUCUUUUUUAUGCUUCAUUAUGGCUCUGAGGAAAGAGCUGAAGACACACGAGUGAAAGAUGGAGAAGUUGUGAGUUUGGAAAUGGAAGUUCAUAUGUGUGUGCAGUGGAGCGGGGCGGGGACAGCUGAACACUAACACACCGUACUUUUAUCACUCACACUCAUCUUUUUUUCUUUCAUAGCAACUCUUCUUCCACAAUUGUCUCUUUUUUUUCUUUCUCCAUUUGUAUUAAAGUCCACUGUUUUUAUAGUUUUCAGAGAGCACUAGGCUUCUUUUUUUUAAUUUACCAUUUUAUGAGCAGAAAAUGAUCCCAGAUGAACUAAAUGUGCAUUGCACCCUUUUUAUUUACUCCUGUCUUUCUGACUGUUUGCACCUUGCUUUUACUAAUACCUCUCCACAUUUUCCUUUUUUUUUUUUUUUUUUUUUUCUGUUUCAAAACGCGUUUUGCUUUGGCAUGCCAGAAUGAGCCGAGCUACUUUGUGACCUGUGAAAUUCCUAUAUAAAUGGUUAUCUAAUGGAUUUGCUUUUAGCUGUACUGCUAAUCUGUGUAAAUUCACAAAUAAAAUUGUAUUUUAAGAAAUGAAA